ACGUAUACCAACAACAGCAGAAGAACAGACACAAAGAAGGAAGGAAAAUCGAGACUCCUUUGGUCGAAGCAAGAACCAAAAAAAAAACCCCCGAGAGGUGCAUCACCUCAGCUACCUAAGGUACUUACUUACCUAGGUACCUACCUUUUAUAAGUGUAUAAUCAGGUGAGGACUACCGUCGAAUAGAAGUUGGUAUCUUCCCAGAGGACGAGUCCCUAGCUACCCACCUUAGCCGAAUACCUUGGACCAUGGCUGCACGCACCCCCGACGGUCAGCCGAUUGACCCGGCCGAAAAUCGACGCCGUAUGGCUGCCGGCGAGCUUUACUACGCUUUUGUUUCGGAUCUCAUCUCCGACAGGCAAAAAUGCCAGGUAGCUAGGGACAAGUAUAACGAGAUUGCCAAGCAAAACGUCUCGCGCAGGGAGCUCGUCCAGCUCCUCAACGAGCUGGCGGGUGAUGAGUCCCCACUACCGCCGGUGGCUGCCACGGCUGAAGAAGACGAUGCGCUAUUCGAAGAAUAUCCAUGGGUUGAUACCCCGAUAACCAAGAUGGACUAUGGCUACAAUGUGAAGCUGGGGAAAAAUGUCUAUGUGAACUCCAACAGCACGUGGAUCGAUACGUGCACCAUCACUGUGGGCGCGAGGACUCUUAUUGGUCCCAACUGCUCCUUCUACAGCGGCACUCAUCCACUGGACCCCAGGGUCCGCAAUGGCACCCGCGGUCCUGAACUCGGCAAGCCCAUCGUUAUAGAAGAGGAUUGCUGGCUGGGUGGCAACGUAACCGUCCUCGCAGGGGUUACCAUAGGCAAAGGAUCUACCGUCGGUGCAGGUAGCGUUGUCACCAAAGACGUGGCCCCGUUCUCGUGCAUCGUGGGAAACCCGGCGCGCCGACUGAAGAAGAUUGAUGUAUCGGCGGAGCCGUCUUGGUCCUAGUUCUACUGGGAGCAACAGACAAUUAUGGUCGGGCGGGGACUGCGAAAGGUACCGAUGAGUUUUCCAACCACGUCGCAGUCCCAUGUGGAUUUGUUCGUGCAUUUCGCGCCCGUUUCUCAUAAGCCACCCUGAAUUGAGAAGGACGAGAUGAUCAAGACGAGGACGUUGACAAGGCCCCACACAAACGGAACCCAUGUCGACAUCUGGAAGGGGCCAGACAUGUAGACGGCGCUAAGUCUGUACCACGGAUAAAAUGUUAAAAUGCGAGCCCGCUCCCCAAAUCAACAAAGCAAGUUGUAAUGUUGCUAGCUGCCGGCUGGCUGGCUGCCUGCCUGAGCGUUGACGUCAAGUGUUAGAAGAAUGUAGGGGCUGCAGCACGCACAUAGCACCGACGAGACCCCCGGCUAAAACGGCCUCACUUCCCGCUACGAGGAUGUAGAAGAUGGGAACAAUCCACACAUAUUUCCAGUUGGACCAACGCUUUCCCAGGUGCAUGGUGAUGGCGAGGGCUGCCGCGCCGACGUGUACGAUCAUGUAGAUGCUGAGGGUCCAGAGCAAGGUGAAGACGGUCAUGUCGCGGGCCCCAUAAAGAAAGCGCCCUUCUUCAUACAAUGGCCAGUGAAGCGACGGGAAAGGCGGUGCCGUGUAGUUUGCGGGUGGGUUGCUGCCGAAAAAGACAUCGGCGCGGGCAAAAAGUCUUGUAAACACCAUGAUUGCGCGAUGCGACGGGGGGCCAAUGAGGCCCUGCCGUCGUGGCCAGCUGGGAACUUUGUUGGUUUUGGCUUCGGUCAAGUUUGGGAUAGGAUGUCUACGGUAAGAUGAUG